GAAGAGCGGCUCCUCCGCGGCUCCGCUGCAGUUCGUUUUUACUUUAUUGCUUCGUUCUCCAUUUAUUUCAUUUCUUUUUUCGCGCUGCGGCUCCGAGCUCCACUGACGCGUCUUCGUUGCGCCGCUUCGUUUCAGCUCCGCCGUUUAUUCUCCCUACUGUAGAAGGACCAGCGGGAUCCCAAACAUGGGCUCACCGCUCGGGAUCGGCCUCCUCGUCGGGGCAUCGGCGCUGGCGCUGCUCUGCUGGGCCGAGCGAAUGUGUCCCAACGCGUGCCGCUGCGAAGGCAAGAUCGUCUACUGCGAGUCCGCCGGCUUUCAGGACGUCCCCGAGAAUGUGUCGACGGGCUGCCAGGGCCUGUCGCUGCGUUACAAUGGCCUCACCAUCCUGCUGCCCUACCAGUUCGCCCACCUCAGCCAACUCGUGUGGCUCUACCUUGACCACAACUCCAUCGGCACCGUCGACGGCCGGGCCUUCCAGGGCGUGCGGCGCCUCAAGGAGCUCAUCCUGAGCUCCAACAAGAUCUCGCAGCUCCACAACAGCACGUUCCACGGCGUGCCCAACCUGCGCAACCUGGACCUGUCCUACAACCAGCUGCAGGAGCUGCAGCCGGGGCAGUUCCAGGGGUUGCGCAAACUGCAGAGCCUGCACCUGCGCUCCAACGGUCUGACGGGUGUCCCGGUGCGCGCCUUCCUCGAGUGUCGCAGCCUCGAGUUCCUGGACCUGGGCUACAACCGCAUCCGCAGCCUCACCCGCACCACGUUCCUGGGGCUGCUCAAGUUGGCCGAGUUGCACCUCGAGCACAACCAGUUCUCCAGGAUCAACUUCUUCCUGUUUCCGCGGCUCCUCAACCUGAGGGCGCUCUACCUGCAGUGGAACCGCAUCCGCGCGGUCAGCCAGGGCCUGCCCUGGACCUGGCACACCCUGCAGAAGCUGGACCUCUCGGGGAACGAGAUCCAGGCGUUGGAUCCGGCUGUCUUUCAGUGCCUGCCCAACCUGCAGAUCCUGAAUCUCGAGUCCAAUAAGCUAAGCAACGUCUCUCGGGAGACCGUUGAUGCCUGGACUUCACUGACGGCCAUCAGCCUGGCGGGCAACGUGUGGGAUUGCAGCCCCAGCAUCUGCCCCCUGGUGGCCUGGCUGCGGAGCUUCAGGGGCAGCAAGGACACGACGAUGAUAUGCAGCAGCCCCAAGUCGCUCCAGGGGGAGAAGGUCAUGGAAGCUGUGAGGAAUUACACCAUCUGCGAGGAUGAGGCCCCGAACCUGACGCCGGUGGCCACCGCCGCUCCAGUUACGACCACGACCACGACCACGACCACAACCAGAGCCCCGCCCCCUCCUCCUCCUCCUGCCACUGCCACCCAAGCGCUUCCCGCUUCUCCCAAACCGAGGCUGCUACCCCCACCGAUCACCCCCGCUCUCACCAACAGGGGCUUUCGACCCCCGCCCAGCGCGCCCCCGCCCCCCAACAGCCUAUCCGUCACCCCCGAGCCACCGUUCGAGCACAUGUCUUUCCACAAGAUUGUGGCGGGCAGCGUGGCACUCUUCCUCUCGGUGGCACUCAUCCUGCUGGUGAUCUACGUGUCGUGGCGCCGCUACCCUGGCACCGUGCGGCAGCUGCAGCAGCACUCGGCGGGACGCAAGCGCCGCAAAAAGGCGCCGGAGCCGGAGCCGACCUUGAGCCCUCAGCUGCAGGAGUAUUAUAUGAGCUACAACCCGAGCAGCUCAGACACCAUGGACGUGCUGGUGAACGGUACGAGCCCGUGCACCUGCACCAUCUCGGGAUCCAGAGAGUGCGAGGUAUGAUCCGUCAGGAGCUCGGCGGCGCCCUCCGCAGCUCGCGGUGAGAGAAUGAAUACGUGAUUUGUCUUCGUCCCCUACCGGCAGCACGGCUCGGAGGUAAACCCGCGGUUCACGGAGAGGACGAACAAGUGGGAAGGCGUGGGGCCGCCGGACGUACUUGUGGCGUCGCAUCUGCUGGGAUGUCGGCACGGAGGCGUCCCGGUCGUCGCCGCUCUCAUGCUACAUCAGGUGCGCCUCCGCACACGCGCAAACGCUCUUCGGGAGUGUGAACCGAGGAGACGGGCGACUCCGGCAUGCGCUUCUCACGUGUGCCGACCCCCCGCUUUGCUUCGCACGAAGGACCGCCGCGUGACCGGCCGCGUGCGGCCAGCCGAGGCGGUCACCGUGGACGUGCGGAGUGAUGGGUCAGAAGCUUCCUCGCGUCGGUCUGUACUGCGGGACAGAACAGACCGGGAACCUGGUGAAACAUGGACGCGUGUACGACUUGGACGUAGAGGACUCGGGGCGUGGACGUACAGCUGCUUCUCCAAAGCCGGGACAAUGAUGGUGGCCACGUCUCACCGGGGUUCCGCACUUCACCUCACGUGCCGCUUGUGUUGCGGGCGGUUGGUCCGAGGCAGCGGGCCGGUGGGCGCCCCCUCCUCGCGUCCAGAAUGACUAAAGGCCGCUCGAGGUGUCUGCUGUUCUCGUCCCGCCGAGUCUUCUCACGAUCUGGCCUAAAACCCGUGGAUCAUCCUCUUGAGAAGUGCUCUUCCUCCUGCCGGUUCCCUCGAGACUGAAUUUCCUCCCGUCCGUCUCCUACGUGAUGUUGCCGCUCGCAUUUUCUGCAGCUUGUGGCGUUACAGACAGCGACGUCCUGCAGCCGCAUCACACGCUGCAGCCAAGAGCGACAGUUUCAUGUAUGUGCUUCACAUGACACACACUGACGCUGACAGGCACUGUGCACAGAUGGAGGCUCACACAUGUACUGCAUUCCUUGUAUCCUUCACAGAACAAUGACUCAAAUUGCACCCCCGCUAAACAAUCGGUCCAGGUGGCUGGGAGCGGCAUGGGGUGGGGUGGAGGGGCUGCAAGGAUCAAUUGAAAAAGCCCCCCACCCUCCUGGGCAGGACUUUGAGGUCCCGCCAUGAUGGAUUGCUGCUCGUACUUGCAGACCUUCCAUCAAUAAUAAAUCACGCUAAAUGGUGCCCCCUCCCUAACCCAGCCUGAGCAAUCAAUAAUGGAUGGGGUCUUUCCUGCGGCACACUCGGGUUGCUUUCGCUGAGUUUCAAGGCCAGAACCUCGGCGGCUUGGACACCAGCGGGUAGCACUACAGGGGGUGGGGAUUUGAGAUCACGGGAGAUGCCAAAUGGGUGGACAUUGAGAGUCUGGAAAAUUGGCCAAUUGGGUGGGUGCUGGGAGCAUGGGAUGAGGCCAAAGGGGUAGGUAUUGGGACCAUGGUAAAUGGCCAAAGGGAUGGGCAUUGGGACCAUGGUAAAUGGCCAAAGGGGUGGGCAUUGGGACCAUGGUAAAUGACCAAAGGGGUGGGCAUUGGGACCAUGGUAAAUGGCCAAAGGGGUGGGCGUUGGGACCUUGGGAAACGGCCAAAGGAGUUGGCCUUGAAGAUCUUGAGACGAGCCAAAGGAAGUGGGCACCGGGGAACAUAGGACAGGGUGACAGGACUUCAGCACCGAGCAGCGCUGGGAAAGGCCAAAGUAGAUAGAUUCUGCGAUAGGUGCGAAGGGAGUCGGGUCUGAGACCGUUGAAUGGGCUCCAGUAAGUGACCGACGGAGAAGACGGGGCAGAGUCUGAAGGCUGUGGCUUUAGCAACAUGGGACAGGGUCCACGGGGGAACACUGUCGACCACGCCAGGUCGCGGUGGGAGCUACAGAGAUCCUGUGGGGGCUAUGCCGCUCGUUCCCAAAGACUCACCCUUGAGGGUUUCCGCCGAACGGACGGGGAGGUCGGCGCUCGGCGUUCAGCGCUCGAUUCCCUGACGAAACGCAAACUCGGCGGGUUCGUUCGAAGGGCAGAAAACUGACUUAAUCUCGAGGUAAAAAAUACCCACCCGGCAGAGCAACGGAGUGCAUUUAUUUCGAAGGAAAAGCAGUGAUUCAUAGUGCGCAGCCAAUUAUUGUCCCCUGUCUCCGUGAAAAGCGAGACGAGGUUCCCGAGUCCAGCUGGUAGCGGAACUCUGGGUGAGGAUUGAUCUGUCUUUUCUGGCAGAUUCUCGGCGGAGGGGAAAACAGCUUUUGGUUUCUCUGAACAGGUUUAAAGGAUUUUGGAGUAAACCGCUGGAAGAGAUUCAGUGUGAGCUGUGUGAGGAGUUUUCUGAAAGCAGUGUGGAAAUGGGAAAAUGUGGAUGCGUGUGUGUCUGUGUGCGUCUGUGUGUGUGUGUGUGUGUGUGUAUGUGUGUGUGUGUGUGUGCGCGUCUCUGCUUUGGCGCCGUUCUGCCGCUUGUUAGCCUGUCUAAAGGAAGCGUGGACGACCCUCCCCUCUGGAAUGCGUGAACCGCUGAGGAAGUGGCGGUGCACCUGCCAAAGGGAAUAGCCAGUGCCUCCCGCCGCUUGCAGGUGUCUCCGGGAAUAACCUUGUGUGUCUCCACGAGUCCGAGCCGCCACGUCAGAGUGGUGUGAAGACCAGCAUCUGGAACCCCUAGAUUGCACCUGGUCGCCCAUCCCCCACCCGCAAAAUGUCGGCUGCUUUAAAGGCCACAUCUUGAUAGGGAGUGAGUGUGUGUGUGUGUGUGUGUGUGUGUGUGUGUGUGUGUGUGUGUGUGUGAGAGAGAGAGAGAGACUGAGAGAGUCUCUAGCAGAUUGUACAGUAUUUCCACACCUCUUGUUUACUUCACCUCCGCUGUAAAUAACCCGGACGGGACGUGCGUGUUCCUCUCUCGCUGCACCGUCUCCCUGUUUCCUCGUUGCGUGGAAAGCAGCCGCACGCUGCCGGAAGAGGAAGAAAUGGAGAAAACAGACAAAAAAUGAUUUUCUACUGCACAUUCACACUCUAUUGCUCCCCUCCACCCUCAGCCCAAAAAUAGAAAUGGAGAUUUUUAUUGA